AUGGCCGAAGGGACAUCUCUAUCUCGAAGUCAUACCCCAAGUGCGAUUCCUCCGCAGCGCCGACCAGAGGAUGACCACACUCCUGCGGUCUCAUCGCCGCUAAACCCGGAUGGAAGCUCGCGACAACGCGCGACGCGUCCUUCCCAACGAGAGCAACGCGAGAAAAAAGAGUCGUUAAAGAAGAGGGAAUCAGCUACUGCCACGCGAGGGAAUACGCCGGACCUAAAAUCAAAAUCUCCACAAGAGUCGGUGCCGAUCAGAUACAACUACCUCAACCCCAAGCCGAGUGAUUUCGAGCCUCCAAGGGAGACAUGGUUUGCGUCAGUCGAGCCAACGCCGGUUUUCACGCCAGAUGGCCGCGUGGAACUUUUGAGACCUAUGGACCAUGCCCAAAAUGUCCGAGGCUUUAGAUAUCAACACUGUAUUGCCGACCCUCUUUUCCAUCACAAGCACUUCUUUCGAACUACCGACACAGUGCCUUACGGUCCGCGAAUAAAUUUCGAGGACAGUGAUAAAUGGCUACGGUUCGACCGAUCCGGCACAUACAUCACCAACGACAAAGGUUGGAGGUCAUGUCGGGCGAAUGUCUGCGCAAGAGAAGGAAGGUACUAUUAUGAAGUCAAGAUCAUCAAAGGCAUCCCCGCAGAAGAUGCGGCGUUGCCAAAAGGUACCACAGGCCCACAGCCGCAUAUUCGCGUAGGGUUUUCAAGAAGAGAAGCAUCAUUGGAUUGCCCCGUUGGGUUUGAUGGUUAUAGCUAUGGGAUCCGCGACGUCGGUAUGGACACCAUGCAUCGGUCGAGAGCGGGAAGAAUCUCGAAUUUAGACCCGAAAUCGAAGGCCAAAUCGAAGACCGCAAAGCAAACCCAAACAUCUGCAACGCCCCUGGAAUCAUCGGACCUUUCGGGAGGAGAUGUUUUAGGCGUGGAGAUCUCCCUUCCCUCUCUUCGUUUGCACCGCGCUGUUGUUAGCAAUGAAUACAAUCCGGCCGUUGACGUUGAUGAUGGCUUCGGUGACUCCGGAUCAAACCCGCACGAUACCCCAUCCUUCCCGCUUGAACACAACAUCUUACGAGACCGCAUCCCCAUAUCUUUCCGAGGAACCACGUAUUUCGAAACCCAUGACUAUCAACCUACCAAACCAAUGGAGGCGUACGCAUCACGAUCUCCGUCUGAUACACUGUCGCAACUUCCGAACCCCGCACACGACGAACCCUCUCUUCGCACGCUUCCUAGCAGCUAUAUCCGCAUCUUUAAAAAUGGACAACUGAUGGGGACGGGAUGGGAAAAUCUGAUGGCUUUCCUCCCCCCAGCAAGCGCUCCCGCAGACCGCGCGCUUGGGAUGCAGCUACGAGCGGUGGACGACGGCGCCGCAGGCUACUAUCCAUCAAUCUCGGUCUUUUCAGGAGGCAUUGCUCAGGUUAACUUUGGACCAGACUUCUGGUAUCCGCCUCCAGAAUUGGUUCCGGAUAAUGACGACGCGGACAGGAUGGAGGUCGACGAGGCCCCACAGAGCGCCGGCGGUGUAUCCGGGUCAUCUCCAUCGACGACCAAUCCUACGACCUUGAAGGGGUUCAAUGUGAGGUAUAAAGAACAGAUUGCGGAGGACUUGAUGUGGGAUUUGAUUGACGAGGCGACUUUCUUCGUCAUGGAUGGCGGAUUCGACUACGAACAGAACGGUCUAUCUCGGGGCUCGGGUCCUGCUGUCGGAAUGCGGAUGCUAGAUGAUUAG